GGCACAGUGCCGGCUUCUGUAUCAAAAUUCCAUGGGAGAAUGUUUUUUUUAAUUCCCUUUAUUUCACACCUUUUUAAUUAACUGCAUUAACAAUCAGCAGAUCAUUCUCAAACCCAGUUGUGGAUAUCACUAUAUCGUCAGCACCUUUUGUGUGGUAAGUUUAUCUCAAGGUCCAAGUUAGUGGAUGUUGAUACUUUGCUUCUGAGAAAAUGUACUGUAUAGAAACCACAAAUCUGUGCUUGUUUUUUACAUUAACUGUAUAACUCAGAUACAUGCUCCAUGGUGCUCUGUAGAAUUUGGUAAGGUACUUACUGUGAUCAGUAUAUCUGUGUGAAAGGGUUGAUGUUAGUAGACUUGUAUUCUAGCUAAUUAAUGGUUUCCACAUGGACCGCCAUCAGCAAACUGCACUAUUUUAACUAGCCAAAGAUACUUCAGAGGAUGUAUUUAAGUGCCUAUGACCCAAAUGAAUGUUAACUUUAGAGGUAUGAUAUAGCUCUAUCACAAGCUAGAAUUAUGAAAUGCGUAUGGUAUUGUUGUGUGUUGGACAGAGCAGACCCAAACGCAACGCUCAGAUUGAAACAGGUUUUAUUAGGAAAAAAGGGGUUGAGGGAGAGGUGGAUUCCGGGGUGCCUCGUGCAGCCGGGAGGACGCCGUGGAGGAAGCCGAGGCGAGAGGGCAGGUAGGCGAGCCCAGCUGACACGACGGUGGACGGAGCGAUGCUGCAGACUCUUCAUCACGGCUCGAGCUGCCUGCUUCUUCUUCACUUCACUGUGGUGCUCUUCUCCAGCGGAUUACCUGACUCUGAACGGAUAAGGACUCCAGAUGUCGUGAAGAGCCAUCUUCCAAAUUAGACAUGAUAUUCAACAUUCUGAUUACUGGCACACUGGAAUGAAAUGUGAAAAUCCGUUCUAGGCUCCUGCUGUGCCACUGAGACUCUUUGAUGGGUAGACAGACUUUUUCGGAAUAGAUGCAAUGGCUGAUUGAUUUUUAAAGUGCUUUUGAGGGCGCUGUUAACUCAGACCUGUUUCCCAAAUGUGUGAGCGAGGAGAGCCCUUCGUUGAGGGGGAGCUACGGAAUAACAACCAGCAGGGUGGCGUGCUGGCUGAUGGCGAUGCCAACGCCAAUAAAAUCCAAACAGAGGAUGGUGGGAGGACAGGUGAUACUGGCACUCUGUCGGGGUUGAUGAUUGAAACAGCAAAGCAGGACAAAGUCAUUAUCUGGGGUACAGACUCCCAGUGUGAUGACCCUGAGCUGGCUGAGUUUGAGAUGCUGGAGUGCCAGGAGCUGGAAGCCUACCUGGUUCGGGAGGGAGAGGACUUUGUCGGGCUUGCAGACCGGAAGGAUCUUCAAGAAGAACGACCUUCAGCAUGCAGCAAAGCAUCAGUAGAACAGGCAACAGGUAAAAGGAGCAGGGAAGAGAGAAAGUCUAUUUUGCAUAGUGCCAGUGAGCAGGAAUCCUCCAGAAAUGUCUUUGAGAGCAGAGGGGCAUCCGGGACUGAGUUAAGUUCAGAAACAGAUGCCUUUGUGUCCUGUUUGUCCACCAAUUCAAGCAUGGACGCUGCUAUGGACACUACUGGCAGGACCCAGACGACAGAGAGAGGCAAGUCCUCUCAAAGAGCUGAUCAUCCCUCCAUCCCCUCUGGAAAAAGCACAAUACACUGGAAAGAUGUGGACAUGAAUUUGAAUUCAACAGUUCAGUUGGUAGACGUGGUAUCACAUGCACAAAGCAAUGUUCCACAUAAGGGUGUCACUGAUGAGCACAGGAAGAACAAUAAUCAGAUAAAUAAAGCAGAGAAUACAAUUUCAGAGCGAGAUUGUGAACAAGGUUUAUAUACUGGUUUACCCGUGGCGAAAAAAUCACAUGAAGAAAGCAACACUAAAAUAGAUAAAAGCACACAAGCUGACGAGGCCCCUAAUGCAAACUAUAGCCCACACAAAACUGGUACAAAGGGGACUCCGUCUUCAAAUGAAUCCAAAGCCAUAAAGAAACAAGGAUCAUUUGAUAACACGCUGAAAAAACAAACCUCUUUUGACAAGAGUUUUAAAAAGCAGCCAUCAUUUGACAAUACUUUAAAGAAGCAGCUGUCUUUUGAUAACAGCUUAAAAAAGCAGGGCUCUUUCGAGAACACGGUCACCUCCAGUUCUCUAAGCCUGGAGAGGAGGAAACCAUGGGGAAGCCCUAGUCGACCAGCAACACCUACUUCCCCUAAAACAACCUCCUGUUCGCCCAAGAGACGGCCACCUGGUUCUCCAGCCAAGGUCCAGGGUAUCAGGGCACUCAGCUCGGAGCGCAGUAACUCCCCUAAGAGAGGUCUAGGUCAAACAGUCAAACCACCAGGUAAGACUAGUUUGAGCAGUGGCAUCCCCAAACCACUUAUUCCUCAGCAGAAAGAGCCUGAACCCAGGAGGUCUUCUCCUACCCAGAAGCCUAAAAAUAUCCGACCAAAAAUCAUCACAUAUGUUCGAAAGAAUACUCAAGCAAAACCAGAAGUGACUGAUGCUCCAGUCGAAGCCUCCACACUAAGACUGUCUUCUUACUCUAGCCCGCCAGCUCAUAAAGAGCCGAUGGUUGGUUCUCAACCUAAAUCCACACCGGUGCUAUGUUCCUCUAACCUGUUGUUUGACAAAUAUCGACAGGAGAUGCAGAAGGCAGGCUACUAUUCUCCAAGCAUGGCUGUGGCUGGGGUGAAACCUCCAAGCAGCACCAUCCCUCAAAGGCAAAGUGGGAAGUUGGAUAAUUUUCAUGAGGAUAUACCUGAGAAAUAUCUCCAAGAGCAUGUUUCACAAGAAGGAGGCAGUGUAUACCGCUCACCGAGAGCUCUGAGGCCUCAGCUGGGGUUAGGGGCGGUCACCAGGCAGCCUGCAGCCAGGACAAGAGUUCAGCAGACAGGUCAAAGGUCAGCCAUGGCCCCAUGCCAUGCUGCAGCCGGAGUGUCAACCCAAGGCUGCCAGGACCCUGCAGGUCUUGGAGAGCAAAAGAGGUCAGGAGAAAGAGGUCCAGAAACCACCCCUAAGAGUCUCCUGAUCAAACCAGGCCAGUCUGGUCUGCGUCCUCCAGGCUUCUCCGCCCUACCAGCUGCCCGUCUGGCCUCCUUCGGCUUCGUCCGGAGCUCCAGUGUCUCGUCUGUGUCCAGCAACCAGUCUAAUGACAGCAGUCACAGUGAUCCCUGCCGACCUUCUCACCAUUCUGGCAGUGGCAGCGACGACACACCUCUCCACAAAGCCACAGCGCCCCCCGGUGAAGCCUCCCAUGCUCACAGCCGGACUCAGCCUCCCAAUGCCCCUAGCCUCCAGCGCCGCAGUCUCCCGCCGCAGCGCUGCUCCCCACUUGCCUCUAGGAGAGAGGUGCAGAAGGACAUAGAGGUAGCGAUGCCACCAAGGUCCUCUCCUAAAAGAUUUGCAGUUGUUUCGCCAAAGCCACAGUCGCCUGUUCGCAGGCAGGCAGCACCAGUUCAUGUUGCUGUUCGGACUGAGAGGGCACAAGAGUUGGACCGAGCUUUGAUCCAGCAGCUGCGGGAACGCUGUGAGCAGCAGGCCCUGCAGCUGCAGAGCCUUCAGGCACAGUUAAAGAAGGCCUCCCUGUGCCUGGAUGUUUUCAGCAUCACUACGCAGCACUUCUGUCACAAGAGUGAGAGAGCCAUUGUGAAGGAGAGGGAACUGUCCCUGGAGCUCACCAGAAUCAGGGAUGAAGUGGCUUUCAGUGUUGCACACUGGGAGCAACUGCAGCGGGAGAAGGAGGAACUGGAGUGUCGUUUUGAGGCUGAGCUGCAGGGAUUGCGGGCUCAGCAGCAGAGGGAGCUGGGAGCUCUGGAGGAGCGGCUGAAGGUUCAGCACAUGGCCGAGACCGAGAGCCUGCAGGCCCAACAACAAGCCGAGCUGGAGGAGCUACGGGUCAAACAGCAAGAGCAGAUUGAGGAAAUGAGUGAGAACCAGGAGGCUUCCUUGAUGGAGAUGGAGACAGCUCACAAUGACACACUGGCCACUCUGCAGGAAGAGCAUGCCAGAACUGUGAAGAAUCUGAAGAUGGCCCAUGAACAGCAGACAAAGUCUCUGGAAGAAGAGUUUCAAAAGAUCAGAUUGUCACUGCAGGAUCAGGUGGACACGCUGACGUUUCAGAAUCGCAGCCUCAGAGACCGAGCCAAGCGCUUUGAAGAAGCUCUGCGCAGGAGCACAGAUGAGCAGAUAGUGGAUGCUUUGGCGCCAUAUAAACAUAUUGAUGAGGACCUGAAGAGUUUGAAAGAAGUACUGGAGAUGAAGAAUCAACAAAUUCAUCAGCAGGAACAGAAGAUCUCAGAACUGGAGAAAAUAGCUGAAAAGAAUGUGUACCUGGAGGAAAGACUGCAAGUGUUACAGCAGCAGAACGAGGACCUGAAGGAAAGAAUAGACAAGAACCUUGCUGUGUCACGGCAACUUUCUGAAGAGAAUGCCAACCUGCAAGUGAAUGUGGAGAAGGAGAGCAACGAGAAGAAGCGGCUGAGUCGCACUAAUGAGGAACUACUGUGGCGUCUUCAGACAGGCGAGCUGAGCCCUCGCAUGUCCCCCAGCUCCUCCCCCAUUCAUAGACCCUUGUCUGGACCAGGCUCCCCUGCCCGCCCACACUCCUACCAUCAGUGACACUUUCAAUUGAAGCUCUUGUAUCAAACACUUUCUUUUAUCUGGCUUCGGAAGCCCUGAUUUAUUUCUCUGUUGAAUGUUCCUCAAUUAAAAGAGUAGAAUUUUACAGUAUGUAGAUGGACAGACACAGAUACAUUUGUUUCUUGGGAAAUGCUGCUCACCCAUUGAAUGCAUUUCCAAAGUCCAACCCCAGGAAUUUCAAUCUCUGACCUAAAGAAUUGUAUUAAUGAUUACGCCUCUUAUCGUUCAAAAGGGAAUUCUCUGCCCUCUUUCUUUUCUAUUCCUCCUCAACGCCCCACAAAGCAAGCGUGCUGUGAUAGCGCAGCAUAUGAAAGACCUGGUCAUUGUAGACUUAAUAGAGCAAGAUCAGAGUCACAGUGCCUCAUUUCCAUCUCUUCGCCUCCAUCUACAUCACCACCAUCUCAUCCAGUGCUCAGGAUGAUGAAUGGGACACAGCAAACAUCACAAGUGCAACAACAAACACAAGAAGCGCCUUUUGCCAUCAUUCUCUCCUACCAGCAACGUCUAUCAAGGCACAGGCAAUACUUUGGGUAAAAUCACAAACCUACCUACAGUAAGUUACUCUCAAAGUGUGGAUUCUUCUCUGGGGCAUGUUAACCUUUUCAUGCUGAAAUAUUUCAUUUAUCAGGAGUAAAUGAAUGACUACCUUGCCAUCUAACCUCAACCAUCCAUUCUACUUUCUCCUUAAACAACUAGAUGUUGACCUGAAAUGUAUGAUUACAACAACUUAAAAAUACAUAAAUCCAUUGAACUGCCAACAUGGUGUAACUAUAUUAUUGAUUAUAAUUUGUCAAAACUGUACAUUUAGUGCACUCUUUAAAGCAUGUUCUGUCUUCCAGUUCUAAUGGUUUUAGGAUUACCUACAGUGUGACGAUAAUGAAGUAUAAGGGUGAAGGGGCAACACAUGUUACCUGUUAUUUCUAAUAAAACAGAGCAGGAUUUAUUCAAAUGAAACCAAGAAAAAAAAUCAAUGAAUCAUUGUAUUACACAUUUCAGACUAAUCUUACAUUUCUUAUGUGAGAUGAUGCCCCUCAAGGUCAGUCAGGUUAAGAAAACAUCCUUUUUCCUGCAAAAAUACAGGAUCACCAAAGAGGAAAUCAUGAAACACAGCUGUUCAUCAUGUACUGUAGCUGUCAUGUGUCUAAAAUGAGGUGCUGCAGAAUCAGCCAGAAAUGGUGCAUACAUUGCAGUUCUAGUCAAAAUAAAUUGACCAGAACACAUGUAAA